AUGGUGGCUUCAGUGUAGGAAACCAACAGUUCCAGCAUAUAUCAGUUUGCCAACGACACAGUCUACCGAGAUGGUGUCAGCGAUGAUAACAAUUCGUCUGUAGUUGUGUUCACUGACCAUGAUGGACAAAAAUACAUCGACAAUCGAACAUACACAGCCUCCUCGGUUGAUAGUACACGACAGGCUUCAGGCGUCUUCGUUUUCUCGGAUGGUCGAACCUACCAGGGUGAUUGGAUCAAUGAUAAAAGAUCGGGUCGAGGUAACUACACUUGGCAAGACGGUACAUUUUACGAAGGUGAUUGGGUGAACGGGAAGAGGCACGGGUUAGGCACAGCUCUAUAUACCGAUGGCAGCAAUUACAUCGGUGAUUGGAUUGAUGACAAAAGAUCGGGUUUGGGCAUAUUAUCUUCUUUUGACGGUGAUAAAUACAGUGGCAAUUGGGUCGAUGACAAGAGAAAUGGGUCAGGCACAUUACAAUAUGCUGACGGUAAUAUAUAUACGGGUGGUUGGAUGAAUGACAGAAAAAAUGAUCGUGGCAUAAUGAUCUGGUCGAAUCGUGAUAAUUAUGUUGGUAAUUGGAUUGACAGCAAGAUGCAUGGAUUAGGUACAAUGCAGUAUGCGGAUCACAGAAUAUAUACUGGUGGUUGGUUGAAUGGCAGAAAAUCGGGUCCGGGUAUCAUGAAUUGGUCCCAUGGUGAAAGAUGUCAUGCUGAUUGGAUUGAUGAUAAAGCAGUUUGUGAUGCCGUUUGUUUUCCACAAUGUUCGAAUGGUGGAAAAUGCACUGGACCAAACUUUUGUACCUGUACUUCAUCAUGGACUGGAUCUCGAUGUGAAACACAACCGAAAUUUAACAAAUGGAAACAAAAUGGCAUUACUGUGGCAGGUGGUAAUAGACAAGGAGAAGAAUUAAAUCAACUUAGUUUCCCCAAAGGAAUCUUUAUUGACAAAAACAAAAAUGUUUUCAUUGCUGAUUCUAUGAAUCAUCGUAUUGUUGAAUGGAAAUAUAAUGCAAAACAAGGACAAAUCGUUGCAGGUGGAAAUGGCAGUGGAAAUCGAAUAGAUCAACUGAGUUAUCCAUUUGAUGUGAUUGUUGAUCAACAAAAUCAUUCGAUCAUCAUUGCUGAUUUUGUGAACAGACGAGUGAUUCAAUGGAUGAAUCAAAAGCAACAAAUUCUUAUUGAUAAUAUUGACUGUAAUGCCUUGGCAAUGGAUAAAAAUGGAUUUCUUUAUGUUUCUGAUCAAGAGAAGAAUGAAGUUAGACGAUGGAAAAUGGGAGAAUAUAACAAUGAAGGAAUUGUAGUGGCGGGUGGAAAUGGACAAGGAAAUCAGCUUAAUCAGUUCAAUAAGCCUACUUGUAUCUUUGUUGAUGAAGAUCAAUCAGUUUAUAUAUCAGAUCACGACAAUAGUCGUGUGAUGAAAUGGAGAAAAGAUGCAAAAGAAGGAAAAAUUGUGGCUGGAGGAAAUGGUUACGGAAGAAAUCUCAAUCAAUUGUCUUAUCUUGCGGGAGUAAUUGUUGAUCAUCUUGGGCAGAUCUACGUGGCAGAUCUGGGGAAUGAUCGAGUAAUGCGUUGGUGUGAAGGAAAAGAAGAAGGUGAAAUUGUUGUUGGUGGAAAUGGGAGAGGAAAUCAAUCAAAUCAAUUUCAUGCUCCUGCAGGUUUAUCUUUUGAUGACGAAGGAAAUAUUUAUGUUGCUGAGAUUUGGAAUAAUCGAAUUCAAAAAUUUGAAAUAAUUUUGUGA